AUGGCUCCGGUGCCCCUGGAUAGACUAGUAAUGCAUGAACCACCGUUUGCCGCCACCAUGGUCGAUUAUUUCGGGCCGUUUCAAGUGAAGAGGAGUCGUGGUACGGAAAAGCGAUACGGUGUUCUGUGUUACCAUCGGAGGAGCGUUGCGCCGCAACAAGAUGGAACAAAUCCUGGAGAAGAACUGUCCAGUUAUCGACUGAAUUUUGGAAUGCGUGGAACAAACUAUAUCUACCCACCUUAA